GUCGAGCUAGAAGGAGAAAAGGAAGAUGCAAAAACAGCCGCUGAAACAUUCCGUGUUCCCCUUAGUCCUCCCCUGACGCUACGGCUCACAAGUCAAACGGCGGCCAAACCUUGUUGAGCCUUAGCCGGCAUGUGCGUUGUGCCGGUAAUUGUAAUGACAGGCUCACUUUUCUCUUGUUCCUUUUUUGCUAAACUAUCGACGGCCGAGACAAAAAGAAACUGCCGUCAAUUUCAGAAAGCAACACGUAGCAGAGUGCAUCAUCAUCGUGGUCCACCCGCUGUUCCGCCACCGCCAUUCAAGCUGCAUGCCUUAGCCUCUGCUCUUCUUACCAGAUUCAACCCCGAUCGCCAUCAGCUCCCAUCCAGCCAUCCAAACGACGUUAGAAGGCCCAGCAGGCCACUCGCACGACGGCCUAAUCGGAAACAGCCAUCCCGCCUUGCCGGCCAAGGGACCAUACACACCCAAAUCAAACUCGUUGAAAUGCCAUGAAUGACAGCUAACGCUUGCAUAGACGCGAUAGAUAACCACGACGCCCUGAUCCGGCCACAACGAAAAACGCAUAAACAAACACCAGUUCGAGAUCUAAUUAAAAGCAAGAAAGAAAGAAAGAAAGAAGAGCGCAACAAUCAAAUUCCAAAGCAUCCAGGCACUUGACUCAGCCAGUGAACCGCGCAUCUCGCAAAACUGUCACAUCUCACUCGCCCCGUCUCAAGAUCUCCCCUCCACAAUCUGGUAGGAUGAACACACACACUCACAUGCACGCACGCACAUACAAGUAC